AAAGUGUGUUUCCGGUAUAACGUGUGUGUUGAUCGGUGCUCAGCCCUUUUUCUCUUGGCUUUCAGUAGAACAGUCACUCACUCUUCAGUGUCCCAGCUCCCUCACCUGGACACCCCCUCUCACGGCGUUACCUCUUACAACCGGUGGACAUGGCAUCUGUUUCGGCUCCAGUUCAGGCAGCUCCCGCGCCGUCUGUUUCUCUGCAAAGAGGAAUAGUGAAAAUGGUCUUGUCGGGCUGUGCUAUCAUUGUGCGGGGCCAGCCUAGAGGUGGCCCGCCCCCGGAGCGUCAGAUCAAUCUUAGUAAUAUCCGAGCUGGGGCAAUGGCACGCCGAGCUGCUCAGAGCCAGCCUGAUACCAAGGACACCCCUGAUGAGCCGUGGGCCUUUCAAGCCAGAGAGUUCCUGCGAAAGAAACUAAUCGGCAAAGAAGUGUGCUUCACUGUGGAGAUCAAGACUGCUUUGGGCAGGGAGUACGGCAUAGUCUACCUGGGAAGAGACACAACAGGCGAGAACAUCGCUGAGUCUUUGGUAAACGAGGGCCUCGCCACCGUCCGCAGGGAAGGAAUCAGAGGGAACAAUCCAGAGCAGGCGAGACUCUGUGAAUUGGAGGACCAGUCAAAGUCGUCCAAGAAAGGCAUGUGGAGUGAGGGUGGUGGCGCACACACCAUCCGCGACAUGAAAUACACCAUCGAGAAUCCCCGCAACUUUGUCGACUCUUUGCACCAGAAACCUAUCAACGCCAUCAUCGAGCAUGUGCGUGACGGCAGUGUUGUCCGUGCCUUGCUGCUCCCUGACCAUUACCUGGUCACAGUCAUGCUGUCUGGAGUUAAGUGUCCCUCAUUCAAGCGGGAAGCGGACGGUACAGAGACACCAGAGUCGUUUGCAGCAGAGGCCAAAUUCUUCACUGAGUCCCGACUUCUGCAGAGAGACGUUCAGAUCAUCCUGGAAAGCUGUCCCAACCAGAUCAUCCUGGGCACCAUCCUUCACCCGAAUGGUAAUAUUACAGAACUCCUGCUUAAGGAAGGCUUUGCCCGCUGUGUGGACUGGUCCAUGGCCGUUUACACCCAGGGAGCCGAGAAACUCCGAGCUGCUGAAAGAUCCGCCAAAGAGCGCAAGGUCCGUAUCUGGAGGGAUUAUGUGGCACCCACAGCCAACUUGGACCAGAAGGACAGACAAUUUGUUGCCAAGGUGAUGCAAGUGGUAAAUGCCGACGCCAUGGUUGUCAAGCUCAACUCCGGGGAAUACAAGACCAUUCACCUGUCCAGCAUUCGGCCCCCCAGAAUGGAGGGAGAGCAGGAGAAGAACAAGGACAAAGACAAACGUUUCCGUCCGCUCUACGACAUCCCCUACAUGUUCGAGGCCCGCGAGUUCCUCAGGAAGAAACUUAUUGGUAAAAAGGUCAACGUGACGGUGGACUACAUCAGAGCAGCUACCGGCCCAGGAGAAGGAACCCCGGCCUUCGCAGAACGCACCUGUGCUACAGUCACAAUUGGUGGCAUUAACAUCGCAGAGGCUCUGGUCAGUAAAGGCCUGGCAACAGUCAUCAGGUACAGACAGGAUGAUGACCAACGCUCCUCCCACUACGACGAGCUGCUUGCCGCAGAAGCUCGAGCCAUCAAAAACGGGAAAGGCCUGCACAGCAAAAAGGAGGUUCCCAUCCACAGAGUGGCUGAUAUCUCUGGGGAGACACAGAAAGCCAAGCAGUUCCUGCCCUUCCUACAGAGGGCUGGCCGGUCAGAAGCUGUGGUAGAAUAUGUCUUCAGUGGCUCCCGCCUCAAGCUGUACAUGCCCAAAGAAACCUGCCUCAUCACAUUCCUCCUUGCCGGUAUUGAAUGUCCACGCAGUUCCAGGAAUUUGCCUGGGGGCAUGCAGGUGGCUGAACCCUUCAGCGACGAGGCCAUGCUGUUCACCAAAGAGCUGGUGCUGCAGAGGGAGGUGGAAGUUGAAGUGGAAAGCAUGGACAAAGCAGGGAACUUCAUUGGCUGGCUGCACAUUGAGGGUUUGAACCUGUCUGUGGCGCUGGUGGAAAACGCUCUCUCCAAGGUCCACUUCACAGCGGAGCGCAGCGCCUACUACAAAACCCUGGUCUCAGCAGAGGAGGGAUGCCGGCAGAGGAAAGAAAAGGUCUGGGCCAACUAUGAGGAGAAACCCGUCGAGGAGGUUGUCCACGUCACGGAAGAGAAGGAACGCGUGGCCAACUACAGGCCGGUAUUUGUCACCGAAAUCACAGACACCCUGCACAUCUACGCCCAGGACGUCGAGACAGGAGGCCAGCUGGAGAGCCUGAUGGAGACCAUGAGAGCAGAGAUCGCCGCCCAUCCACCAGUGGAAGGAUCCUACGCUGCGCGCCGAGGGGACUACUGCUUAGCCAAGUUUGCUGAUGGUGAAUGGUACAGAGCCAGAGUGGAGAAAGUUGAGUCGCCAGCAAAGGUGCACGUCUUCUACAUCGACUAUGGCAACAGAGAAGUCGUGUCGUCGACCCGUCUGGCCGCCAUGCCCCCCGCCUUCAGCACCAGGAUCCUGCCAGCACAGGCCACCGAGUAUGCCUUUGCCUUCAUCCAGGUCCCGCAGGAUGACGACGCCCGCGCAGACGUCGUGGACUGCGUCGUAAGGGACAUCCAGAACAGCCAGUGUGUCUUGAACGUGGAGUACUCGGGCGUCACCUGUCCACACGUCACGAUACAGUUCGGCGACACCAAGGACGACGUGGGCCUGGGCCUGGUCAAAGAAGGCUUGGUCAUGGUCGACGUUCGCAAGGAAAAGUACCUGCAAAAGAUUGUGAUGGAGUAUCUGAACAGUCAAGAAUCUGCCAAGAGUGCCCGGCUGAACAUUUGGCGCUACGGAGACUUCCGCGCAGACGACGCUGACGAGUUUGGCUACCGCCGUUAAAGCAAGAGAGGGAGAGAGAGAAAAAAGAAGAAAUGAAAUGAAUUGAACCGACCAUCCAAUCAACGCCAUUCCAAAGACCAACGUGGACACCGAGUGACGCAUCGGACAGAGAAAAAGUAAAGAAGUCAUGGAAAAACUAAACGACAAGCAUCGACUCACUCCUUGUUUCACAUUUAUCCCUCCAGCUCUGACUCCUCUGCUCUGUAUACUUUGUUUUUUCAGUUCCGCCCCUUUAGCUUUGAGUAAAUUAUACUAAAAAAAAAAAAAAAAGAGUCAUUCAACAGUGACGUUCCGUUCAUCUUUAAUCUUCCUAAUGAGCCACUGCCAGCUCGAGCAGCCUGCACUAUUUGCAAAACUGUUGUUUUUUGUGUUUUCAGCCAAUCAUAUUAAUGCUCUCCGAUGUCCUCGACCAAUCCCUGCCCUCUGCACAGGAAGUGACUGAGUGAAAACACAUUUAGCAAAAAACAACCAAUGUUUCCCUAAGGAAUUAUGUAAAUGUGAAAAAGGAAACUUUGAAAAGUGUAAAUGGAUUUAUUUUAAAGAAAUUCUGUAGGUGGAGCCACACAGACAAAAAACAAAACAAACAAAAGGAUAAGUUUAUUUUUUGUCUUAAGUGUAUAAUAUCUUUGUGUGACAAUGACAUUUGCGGAUGUUUUUGUGAGGAGUGUUAUGUCGUUUAUUCACUUUUAUGACCAGUACAUAUGGACGCCGUCUUGUGGCAUUUUAUCAUCUUUCUCCUUCUGUAAAGUUUACAUUCUAAUAUUAAUGGUUAUGAUCUUUCUCUGGCAGCCUCUUCUCUUUCUGACUCUGUACGCCAUCGCAAAAUAAGAAAACAGUGUUUGAAUUUAUUUCCACUUAAUGGACCUUUGCAUUCUAUUAAAAUCUCCUGAAUUAAAAAGCA